AUGAAGCCCAUAUACCGCAUGGUUUUCUUGAAUACCCUCACGGCAUUAUCAAUCCUUCUCUCAGCGGCUUUAUCUUCACCCACUAGCAAGACUGAUUCUCGUAUACCCUGCCAGGCCGGAGACAUUUCAUCCUGCCCUGCGCACACCAUCAUCGUAUCGAAUGGAGCUUCUUCCUCCAAGGCAGACUUUACAUCGAUCCAAGCUGCGAUUCUAUCACUCCCAAAUGACAAUUCAUCUGCCACCAUUUUCAUCCGUGCAGGUAGAUACACCGAGCAAUUGAACAUAACCCGCCCUGGUCCCGUAACGCUACUAGGCGAAACAACAAAUCCUCUUGAUGCCAGCAAGAAUCAGGUCACGGUGUACUGGAGCGCAGCGAACAAUGGAACCUAUCUCGAUAACGCGUUCACUAGUGUUCUAACGGUGGCGCCUACUCAAAAUGCUUCUCUUACCGGAGCUGGUCCAACCGGUUGGCCGGUGCCAGCGGAUACGCCAUUUGGGAAUUCGGAUUUUCGUGUGUACAAUAUUGACUUCAGGAAUGUCUUUUCUGAGUACUCUGCAGGACCCUCGCUGGCUGUUAGUGUGAGCUAUGCAAAUGCUGGGUUUUAUUAUUCGGGAUUCUAUUCUUAUCAAGACACGGUAUACAUAGGUAAACUUGGCAAUGGAUACUUCUACGAUAGCAUUAUAGCUGGUCAGACCGACUUUUUGUACGGAUUCGGGACAGCUUGGUUCCAGUUUUGUGCCUUGCAACUACGCUCCUGCGGCGGUGGAAUAACUGCUUGGAAAGGAACGAACACUACGUAUGUUAAUAAAUUUGGCGCAUACAUCGUCGACUCAACCAUAAAUGCCGCCAAUGCUUCAAUUGCGGAUGAGAUCAAAGGUAAAUGCGCUCUUGGCAGGCCUUGGAAUGAACUGGAUAUUUCAAUAUUUGCACGCACAUACGAAGAUGCCAGUAUUGAGAGUAGUGGCUUUACAGAUUGGCUUGAUUCUGGAGUGCAGAAUUAUGUGCCGGAGGUCACCCUACAGGCGGAAUUCGAGACUUAUGGGCCUGGUUGGAAUGAGACUGGGAGGUUGGAGGCUGGCUUUGAUACACUACUAAAUAAGUCUGCCUGGGAGGCAUAUGAUGAGCCUGCAAAAGUGUUUCAGUUUGGAUAUGGAAACGGGAGCUUUGGAAAUAUCAAAUGGAUUGAUUGGGCACCCUGGAACUAG